AUGACCGUCCGAAGAUCCGAAUCUCUCAUGCUCAUUGGCUCCACUUCAAGACAGUCAAGACCGCGAGAAGCGUCGCAAUAUCCCACAGACAAGAUGAAGACAUCCAUCGCUUACAUCAUCGCCGCGGCCCUCUUCGGAGCUACGCAGGCUGCCAUCACCCCGAUGAACAACAUCAUUCGUCACGAGUACAACCUCAACGCCAGAGCCGGUGUUCACGGCAACAUUGAGAGGGACGAGCCCGCUGUUGCCCCCGAAGGCGAUGUUCUGCAGCCCAUUGUCUAA